AUGAUUAAUAAAGCAGGAAAAGAAUUAACUUGGUUAUUUGCUUUAAAAAUCUUAUCAAGAUUAUUUGAUUUGACUUUAAAUAUAUUAGUCUUAAGAGAUUUAGAACCAGGAAUAUAUGGUAUGUUAAUUAAUUAAUAUUUAGAGGACUUACAACUAACUUGGAUUUAUUGACAAAUGUAACCCUCUUCUAUUUAAAGAUUGUGUUAAAAUAGACAUAUUCAAGACUUAAAGAUCCUAAUUAAGAACAGACUUAAUCAGCUGUCAAUUUAAUGUACUUUGGAUUACUAAUUACAAUCUGUAUUUCACCAAUCACAGUUUUUGUUAUGAGUUACAAUUAAAGUGUUAACUUUGCAAAGACAGCAUUUCUAUAUGGAAUAUCUGCAAGUAAUUAUAUAUAUUAGUUUAGUAAUUGAUGGAGCAUCUGAACCAUAUGCUGUAUAAUGGAUAAUACAAUUAAAAUUGAAUGUAAUAGCAAAAGCAGAAGGUUUGGCAGUUUUUAUAAAAACAAUUGUACUCUAUAUACUUUUAGGAAAAUAUACACGUGAAAUAUUUUAGAUUGAAACUUUGAUAGGAUUUGGAAUAGCUUAGGUUAUUUAUUCAAUAAUUGUUUUUGUUUAUAUCUUCUCACUUUCAACUAAAACAAAACCUAAAUUGUUAAAUGAAGAAGGAGUAUAUGUUGUAAGUGAGAUGAAAUAAAUAGGAUAUCAAUUUACAUUAAUGGCUUUUAUGAAAUUUUUGUUGUAAGAAUUAGAGAAAAUAGUAAUGGUCAUUUACAAUAAUCCUAUUAUAUCAGGAGAAUUUACAUUGGUUAGUCAUAUAGGUUCAAUAAUACCUAGAUUUAUUUAUGUAAAUAUAGAAUAGAUAGCAUACAAUUUAUUCCCAAAGAUAAGUUAAGAUGAAUAAUAAUAAUUAUUAUAAAAAUACUUAAGAUUUUUGAAUUUGAUUGGAAUAAGUAUAGUGAGUGCAGGAAUUCCUUGUGCAUCUGCAUUUCUUUAAAUUUAUGGUACUUAAUGGACUGCUGAUUCAUGUGUUUUGGCAAUGUAAUUGUAUUGUAUAUACAUUUGGAUAAUGGGUAUAAAUGGCAUUACAGAGAGUUAUGUGAAUUCGACAAUAGCAACAAAAGAUAUGGGAUGGUACAGAUAUUUGCUUAUUGCUCAAACAAUUAUAUAUAGGUAUUAAAUUGUACUAUUUUUAAAGUUUAUCAUUAGUAAUAAUGGUUUAAUUGGGAUCUUCAGGAAUAAUUAUAUCUAAUAUACUAUCAAUGUCUGUUAGAAUAUUUGUAUCAUUUCUGAUAAUUCAUAAAUCAGGAAUAUAAAUCUAAUGGUCAAGAAUAUUACCUAAAUUUUGGAUCCUCUAUAUAUGUGGGUUCUUAUUAUAAUAUUUGACUCAAGGAUUUUAAUUAUUAAUAUUGACAGCAAUUUAUUAUGGAAUUCUCGGUUUGGUAAAUUUAAGAACAGUCAUUGAUGUAAUAAAGAGUAAUUGA